AUUGAGCAAAAAAUAUAUGGAUGCGAUGGUUAACGUACGCAUGUUGACGAGAUUCGGGUGCGAUGUCCAGCAUGAGGUUGACGUGCACACAAUGAGCUUCGACCACUGUCUGAGCCUGAGGCGCUAUGACCGCAUUGUAUUCAACUUCCCUCACGCAGGGUCUCGUUUCUUCGGACGUGAAUUUUCCUCUAACGCCAUCGAGGGCCAUCGAGUGCUAGUUCAGGGGUUCCUUGAGAACGCUAAGGAGAUGUUAGAAGAGAACGGGGAGAUUCAUAUCACACACAAGACAACGUAUCCGUUCUCCGAUUGGGAGAUAAAGAGUCUAGCUAAAGCAGAAGGUUUAAAGCUGGUUAAGGAGUCAAAGUUCGAGCUUAGUCAUUAUCCUGGUUAUACCAACAAGAGAGGUAGUGGGGGACGUCGGAGUGAUGAUUACUUUCCCGUUGGAGAAUGUUCUACUCUCAUGUUUAUCCAAAAGAGAAAACAUUGAUCCAACUCCAACCCCAUCUCCAAAUUUAAGCCAAAAAAAACUCCA